AAUGGGGGAACACCACACGUUGGGACAGAUAAAGUUCCGCCGGUUUCCAUGGGCAAGCCUUUCAGUCUACUCGGGCGCGUCGAAACAAUCAGAACGUAUACAAAUCGUAAUGAGUGUGGAAAAUAGAAAGAGAAAACCCGCUGGCCGUGAUGACGCACCCAAUGCAAAGAAGAACAAUGAGAGAUCGCCAACUCCAAGUGUUCUGCAUUUAAAAGAGGAUUGCUGGGGAGUUGUAAUGGAUUAUCUGGAUGUACCGGACCAGCUAAGGCUCGCUUCAUCGAACGUGUUCAUUGGAGAGAUAUUCAAGAGAUACGCAAGUCAUCGGUACAAACAUAUUGAUGAAACGCUCGCGAGUAGUUUAGACGACGAAGAGUUGGAGAGUCUCUUGUAUAUUGUUGGCCAACAUUUGACUAGCUAUGAGUCCGAACUGAAUUUCGGUUCGAAUGAGGACCGUUUGUGGCUCUUGCGGAGCUACUGCACGAAUCUACGAAAUUUGAAAAUGGCAUUUCGACGGACGAGGUGGAACGAUCUAAACAGCCUUAAACAUCUGAGGUCUUUGCACGCUCAUCUGUACUUUCCAGAUGUUGAUGUGUGUGUUGCUUUUGUUCACAAUCUCAAGCAAUUCCCGUGUCUAAGGAAACUGAACUUGGAGGCUCCCGCAUAUAAUGGAACAGACUUGCAUGUUCUUAACCAACUGGAGUCUCUGCAGGUGGGUGCCUGGCCUGGAUUCAAUGCCACAAGCUUGGCGGAAUGCUGUCAAACAAUGAAGCAAUUGAGGCAUUUGGACUUUGGCCAUCACAUUGAAAAUAUCAGUAAGAACAACUUUGAAAUUCUGGUGAGGAACUGCAAGCAGCUGGAGCGUCUGGUCUUUGAUGUAUCCCGGCUGGAUGAAAAAGUGCCCUAUGAGCUGGUCUGCUUGUUGCCCAGUCUGCAACAUUUAAAGCUCUGGCAUAUCGGCUCUGUACGGGCCUCCCUUUUGGAGGGGUUAAUCAACAAGCAGGGCUCCCCUCUGGAAAGUCUAAUCCUGUACGGCCCCAAUUUGAUGGAAGAACAGGUGAAGCAUCUUUGUAAUAUUUCUACACUCAAAGAACUCGAUGAACGACCAACUUAUGGAUCUCCUGACGGGACUACCUCGCCUUAGAGUUCUCAGUAGCCGAGAGAGCUUCAAUGUAGACGCUUCCUUUGUAAAUAGUGUUCGGAUUUGGUUGAACGAAAAGCGGGAGCAGCGCGGGAAGAUCAAAAUCCAUCUACAAAAUUCACCAAAACACUUGGUUAACAAUAAUCCUGUUGAUAUUGAACCUUUGAUUGAAAUCAUUAACGGCUCAUCUCUAAGAGAUCCCAUAUUAAUGAGUAAAGAACUUAGUGAACGAGUUUAGAAAUAAUAAAUCCACCCAUCCAGAUUUUCGUAAUUGUUGAAUGCAAUA